CUCGUGACGUCAAAGCUGUCUCCCGAAAGCAGUCGGCGGGAUGCUAAGCGGGAUCGCCAAUUGAUUGAAAUCAAACCACUCGACGCUGCUGUUGAUUGAUCCGGCGCGUCGAGGAAAGCACAAAGUGGAACCCAGAUGGAUGGGUGCGCGUGCUGCCACCAGCCCCCACUGCCCGAAGGUUGGACCAGGGAGGUUCGGCGGCGCCGAGCGGGCAAGACGGCGGGAAAAGCGGACGUGUACAUCUGCAGUCCCCGCGGGCAGAGGUUUCGAUCAAGAGCUUCUCUGCGAGCGUUCCUUGUCAAAAAGGCUCAAAACGUGGACAUCAACCUCUUGGAUUUCACAGCGCCGUGCACGCAGUGUCUCCCUGUUGGAGAAAAACAAACCCGAGAUGGCGAGCGGGACGUCCCGGAGGACGCAUUCAAAAGACUGGCUCCGCCUCCGAAAGCAGUGAAAAGGGCAAGCUCCUCCCACAAAGGCCAUGCAGCUGAGAGCCAAGCGACUGACAGGCCGGGCCCGCCAAGAGCGCGGCGGACGUGCGGCAAACCUCCCGAUGCGGACGCCGUCGAGGCGGGUGAAGCUGAGGAGCGGAUGGAGGGCGAACCGAAUCCAAGAUGGAAGGUUGCCCUCGACGACCGACAGGAGGACUUCCCGUCUGAUGCGACUGCUGGAAGCAAAAAAGUGGCGCAUCCCAAGAACAGAGCACAGAGCCAAAGUUCCCAAGACAAACGCACAAGGAGCCCUUACUUCAGUGGGAAAGGUCCCAGCCCCCCUCGAAGAAAGGCCUUCAAGAAGUGGACACCUCCUCGUUCUCCGUUCCACCUUGUCCAAGAACUCCUUUUCCAUAACGCCUGGAAACUGCUGGUGGCCACCAUUUUUCUCAAUAAGACCAGCGGUAAGACGGCCAUUCCGCUCCUCUGGCAAUUCUUUGAGCGCUAUCCGUCUGCGGAGGCGGCGCGCCGGGCCGACCGCGAGCUCUUGUCGCAGCUCCUCAAGCCGCUGGGCCUUUUUCAGCUUCGGGCCAAAAUCCUCAUCAGAUUCUCGGACGAAUACUUGAGCAAAGCGUGGCGCUACCCCGUGGAGCUGCACGGCAUCGGGAAGUACGGCAACGAUUCCUACAGGAUCUUCUGCGUGGAAGAAUGGAGGCAGGUGACGCCCGACGAUCACAUGUUGAACAAAUAUCACGCCUGGCUGUGGCAAAACCAGGAGGCGCUGGGAAUCUGAAGACGACGCGUCCACAUCAACGGCUUUCAGUCCUCGCGGCAAGAUUUGCAUUUUAAAGCCCAACUCAAAAGGGACAAUAAAUUGUGUUUUUGUUGUUUGUCUCGCCUGUUUGAUGACUCGCAGGUUCGCAUCCACUUUUCAGGAUGACAAUCAUUGAUGCAACGUCGUCAUCGCUGUGAAUAAAGAGCUUCA